AUGGAAUAUCAGGAAGAAAAGCUAACAGACGCACUCGUUCUGGCAAGGACUAGAGCUUCUGAUCUUGAAAGUGUCAAGAAACUGAAUUUUUGGGGCUCUGAUAUAGAAAAUGUCAGUGUGGUUCGCAGAAUGCCUAACCUAGAAGUCUGCAGUCUCAGUGUCAAUAGCAUAACAACAUUAGAAGAUUUUUCUUACUGUCCAAAUUUACAAGAACUUUACAUAAGAAAAAAUAAGAUUAAAGACCUCUCAGAAAUCAAUCAUCUUGCCACAUUGCCACGAUUACGGAAUCUGUGGCUUGCCGACAACCCAUGUGCAGACACUGAAAACUACAGAUCAAUUGUACUAAAAACACUGCCAACCCUACAAAAGCUGGACAACAUUGUCGUAACAGAGAGUGAAAAAGCUGAAUUUGCUGAUACUAAACUGCUGACAAAUGACACCAGGGACCCUGAAGUCACUGGUUUAGUUUCCACUGGUGAAGAGGCUACAGGUUUAGAAGCCACUGGUAGAGAGGCCACUGGUAAAGAGGCUACAGGUUUAGAAGCCACUGGUAGAGAGGCUACUGGUGAAGAGGCUACAGGUUUAGAGGCCACUGGUAGAGAGGCCACUGGUGAAGAGGCUACAGGUUUAGAGGCCACUGGUAGAGAGGCCACUGGUGAAGAGGCUACAGGCUUAGAGGCAACUAACACAGAAGCCCAAGGACAAGACUCAUUAAUCUCUCUUGAUGACAAAGAGCCUGAAUCCAGUCACUUUAGUCAGAAUAAUGUUAGAGAGGAUGAGAAAAGUUCUGAUGAAUCUAUGACAGAGGUUAAGGUUACAGAGGAGAGUUCCAAUGUCAAGGACAAAGAUUUCAAACCUCAUAAAAGUGCUGUGCUGGAUCCUGUUACACUAACAUGGGAAGAAACAAACAAAAUUAGACAAGAGGUUGGAUUAAAGCCACUACCAUUUGAGAAGAUCACAUCCACAAGGCCUGUUCCAGCAAGUGCAAUGACGUCACGGAAUGCCCAUAUAUUACAAGCAGUGAUGAUACUGAUAAGAGAGUUGGAUGACGACAGUCUGGAGACAGUACAAUAUACUAUACAGCGGAAACUCCACCCACCUUCGUGAUCAGUCAUAUUAGUUUACAAAGGGGUACACAGCAAAUUUUGACCAUAUUGAGAUGCUAAACUCAUGUAUAGAUGGAGCAUUAUGCUACAGAUGUUUUGGUAUUUUUUUCUCUUUAAACCAGAGAAAAUAUAAUCAACUUGUACAUCAAAAUCAGCUCAAACUUCAGGAAAUUAUAUAUUAUAUUUUGA